AUGACAGGUUUAGGAUCUCCUUGUGGAGCUUGCAAGUUCUUGAGGAGAAAGUGUGUUAAGGGUUGUGUAUUUGCUCCAUAUUUCUGUCAUGAACAAGGUGCCACACACUUUGCUGCAAUCCAUAAGGUGUUUGGUGCAAGUAAUGUUUCUAAACUCCUUGCACAUCUCCCAGUCACUGAUCGAUGUGAAGCUGCAGUUACAAUCUCAUAUGAAGCUCAAGCAAGGCUUCAAGAUCCAAUAUAUGGUUGUGUUUCUUACAUUUUUGCACUUCAACAACAGGUUGUUAAUCUACAAGCACAGUUGAUCUCUCUCAAAGCACAAGCAGCACAAAGCCCUGUUAAUGUUAAUGUCUCUACCAGCACUUCAUAUCCACAAGAUGUUCAAGGAUUGCUUCAUUUAGAGGAAUCAAGGAUUCCACCUCAAUUCCAUCAUCAGAAUCCAACCAAUAAUUAUACUGAAACCAUGUUAAACUACAACAAUAUUGGUUUCAUGGAUCACAACUCUAUGGGUGGUGAUUAUCAAAUUCCAGUCAUGCCUGAAGAGAAUCACUCUUUUAGUACUGGUUUUGUUGAAGACCCAUCUCAUUCUCAUUCUCAUUCUCAUUCUCAUCUCAUGGCUUCUCUUGAUAUGCAAAAUAACACCAGGAAAUGGGCUUUUCAAGACACAGAUGAAGAAGACCUUCAAUCAGUUGCUUUCUCUUAUCUUCAACGUUCAUGA